CGGGGGCGCAAGGAUUUGGAUCCAAAUCUUCCUUGUCUCGACUUGAGCUUGGAACGAUCACGGAGGGCGGCUCUUUUCUGGACGCUGCGAAAAUGCCAUGCCCCUCGCUUCGUCAAAUCCGCCGCGAUCAAGCUUUAAGAUCGAUCCGUCUAUCUCUCCUGUGUUGCAUUCCAUCUGAGAUCGUGGCGCCAUGGCUGCCCCAGUCCCCGGCCUCGAGCAAAUCCUAGAAGAACCACAGACUUACGACCACGUCCGCCACAAGAUCCAUGGCCUUCGACUCUCCAACGCUCGCGCAAUCACCAGCUCCUCCAGAUCCAGCGCCACCGAGGACGUGGGAACCCUAAUCCCCAAGCUCCCCGACUCGGUAGCGCUCCACUGCCUGGCUAGGGUUCCUCGAUCCGCGCUGCCGCUGCUGCGCUGCGUGUGCCGGAGCUGGAAUCGCGCGCUGUCCACCAACACCCGCGACAUCGCGAGCGUGCGCCGCGAGAUCGGCACCGCGGAGCCCUGGAUAUACUUCUCCUUCUCCCCGCGCGGCGAUUGCAUCCAGAGCCAGCGAUCCAGCAACUACUUCACCGCCUUCGAUCCGGGCAGCAACCAGUGGCACAGCGUGGGAUGGCUGCCCGGCCUGGAGCGAUUGGAGGUGCUCAAGGGCUAUGGCUGCGUGGGACUGGGGGGGAAGCUCUACGUUCUUGGAGGAACGCUGUGCAUCAAGGAGAGGGAUUUUGGCGGCGGCUGCCAGAGGGAUCUCCGCGUGAGGAGCGAGGUGCUGGCCUACGAUUGCAUCGGCGGGCGGUGGAAGCAGUGCGCGAGCAUGCGCAAGGCGCGAGUGGAUUUCGCGUGUAGCGUCUCCGGCGGGCGGGUUUUCGUGGCGGGCGGGCGCGGGCGGCUGGAUCACGAGAACGCGGCGGCGAUGGCGAGCGCGGAGGUGUACAUCCCGGAGCUAGAUCGAUGGGAGGAGCUCCCAGACAUGAGCAUCACCAGGUACAAAUGCGUUGGCGUGACGCUCAAGGGGAAAUUCUUCGUCAUCGGCGGCUACACGAUCGAGACGCUCCAUCGCAGCUCGGUGGAGAUCUACGACCCCAGCGAGCGGCGGUGGGAGCGGCGGCCAGGGAUGUGGGCGCUCGACAUCCCGCCCUACGAGGUCGUGGAGCUCCAGGGCAAGCUCUACCGAUCCGGCGACCAGCUCAAUCACUGGCGAGGCUCGAUCGAUGUGUACGACGAGCGGCUCAAGAUGUGGAAAACGAUCCGGGGCUCCAACCGGCGGAUCGGGGAGGAUCUCCAGUGCACGGUGCGGCGCUAUGUGACCAUGGCGGGGAUUGAUAGCUAUCUCCUCUUCUUUGGUGGGCAUUGCCGGGUUGGGGAUCGCAGCGGAGAUCACAGGCCCUUUUGCCUCGAGACAGUGGAUGCAUUCCAGGCGCCGAUUGGGCGGUGGUGUGGUCUCGAUCCAUUCCGGAGUAGCUGCCGGGAGCUCUGUAGCUCCUGCUGCGUCGUCACCGCUUGAGAAAGAGCUAGAUCUUCUCUCCUGAUCUGUGCUUGGGAACUCUCCACUCAACCUUCUCGCUCGCGAGCUUGUACCUUUUCCAAUCUUCGCGUAGCAACGUCAGGUC